AUGUGCAUGGUAAGGGACCGAGUUGUAGCUGGGAAUACAGGACCGGUACUAACGUGGGACUGGGCCAGGCUGUUCAUCGGGGGAGUAGAACUUCUGGAACUGCAAAGUCUGCUAACCAUAUUAUGUGCAGUUACGGUCGAAUCGGGUUGCAACAAAUUCAUUUGGAACUACGACGAGUCAGGCGUCUUUACUGUUGCAAGUCUUAAAAAGAUUCUCGGCUCCUUUAAGAGGAACCGUCCUAACUGCUUGUUCGUUUGGAAUAACUGGAAUCCAAAAAAAGUCGGGAUUGUUUCGUGGAGAGAAGAAAAGGAACGGCUACCGAUGAGAUGCCCGUUGGCAAGGAGGAGAAUAAACGUCCCAGAUUUGGUAUGUAUGUUAUGCAGGGAAUACGAUGAAACCGGAGAACAUCUCUUUGUAUUAUGUCACUUUGCGCAAACUAUUUGGCAAAACAUUGCAAUAUGUUGCAAAAUUCCACCCAUUAUAGCUUUCGACCUCAAAGAUAUUUUAGGGAUGCACGACUUCUGUCCGGGAUCAAGGAAGAAGAAAAAGGCCUUAAACGCCAUUUUUCUUGUUACGGUUUGGAGCAUUUGGAAAGCGCGAAACGAAGUUUUAUUCAGAAGUACUCAGCCAUCAGUUUCAAAAGUCUUGGAGGAAGUUAAAGCUCUAGCUUUCUUGUGGGUAAAGAAUAGGUCGAAAGAAGCCUCGAUGACAUGGGAGAAUUGGAGCAGUUUUAAUAUCUUUGGUUAA